ACAACAGAAGACUACUGAGUCUUUCUUCGAAGGCACGGGUUGGAGGAGGGACUUUUCCAUCUUUUGGGGUCAUCCCAAUCCGGGGGUGAAACCCCACAGGUCACUACCUUCUGUAGCUUGUAUCUGUCUGCACAAACAGGCAAGAUGUUUCGCUUCAGAUACAAGAACAUUUUUGAGAAACUGAUCAUUUAUUCCGACACUUAUUUAGAAACAGAUAAUUUUCAAUAUAAGGUUUUAAUUAUGGUCCCGUUUGUGGCAGUUAUAUUAUUGUGAAAUUGACAAAACUCCUGGAUAUCCAAUAUUCCUAUGGGAAGCAUGACUUCACACAUGUUAAAUGCUACACAUUUAAUUUUACUGAUAAAGUCUGACAUUCAUGUCAUCUCACAACCUUACAUAUUCUUUCAAUUAAAAAAUAUUUUCCUUCUAUGUCUGCCCCUUUCCACACUUCUAGAAAUGGCAAAAUCAGGCUUCUGAAAUUUUCUUUUUCUCUUCAAGUGAAAUGCAAAGGUUUAAAACUCACUGGAAAAAACAUGAAGCCCUAUAUUAUUUGCAUGAGUAAGAAUUCUACAGAUGGAGUUUGACAUAAGGGUGAUUCAGUGGUGUGGGUUUAGGAGAAAGUUCUCCAAACCUUUUUACACAACGAGGAAUAUCUCAUCUAGUCUUCUUCUGAGACUUGGAAAGAAAAAUAUCCUUUUUUUUUUCCUUCUAUAUUGUAUUUUGAGUAAUUAUGCAUUCGAGGUAUUUUCUUUAUGUGUGGACUUAGUGCAACAGACUUUUCAUUGAGAAGUGAGGUAGACUGGUAAAAUGUAAUCUGUAGUCUUUGCCUCAAAGACAGUAGUACAGGGACUUGGCAGCAAUUCCCCCACCUUACUGCAUGUCAAUAACUUUGAGCAGACACACAGAUGUGUGUUUUGCAACAAUACCCGGUGUGCCUACAGAAAACAUGUGUAUUACCAUGGUGUGCUCUGCUGGCUUGCUGGGCACAGCAGUGAGGAGACACAGCUGGGGCAGGUGACCCAAGGGACUGAAGGAAUACCCCAGACCAAAGGACAGCGUGCUCCAGACAGAAAGUGGGGAGAGGAGGAUUGGGAUGGGGGCACUGGUGUUUCCAAGUGACCAUUAUUACCUGAGAUGGGCCCUGCUCUCCCGGAGAUGGCUGACCCCACGGGAAGGCAUUCCUUGUUUUGCUCUGCUUGUCUGCCCAGAUUCUGACUCAUCUGUUGAACUCUCUCCACCGCGGCCGCCGAGUUUGUGCCUUUUCUCCCUUCCCCUCCCGUCCCGGCCCCUCUGGUGAGGGCGAGGAGCGGCUGAACCCCGGCAGUGCCACCAUCCCCUGCCCUGCCCUGCCGCGGGGGAACGCGAGGGACUGCUCACAGCCACCUCCUCCUGCACACCCAGAGAUCUCCUUCUCGCCAGCGAGCACAGAGUUUGCGUUUUAUUGCAUUUUAUACAGCGCACGCCUGAAGGGGCAGCGGGCACCACCGCAGGCUGCCGCCUCGGGACCGGGACCGGCGCUGGAGCAGAACUAAAGGCAGCGAGGACAGAAAUUCCAGCCCGAAGCGCUUUUGAUCAGAGGCGGCCGAGCGGCGCCCGCGGCCCGCUCCGCGCCGGACCCCGCGCGGGAGGAGAGCCCGGGCGGGGGCUGGAGCCGGAAACGCGGAGCCACGGGCCGCCCGCUCCCCGUCCGCCCCGGGAGCGCCUCCCUUCCCUCCCGAGCGCCCCGGGAGCGCCUCCCUUCCCUCCCGAGCGCCCCGGGAGCGCCUCCCUUCCCUCCCGAGCGCCCCCGCUCCCUCCCCGCGGGCUCCGCCGCCGCCCGCGCCCCUCGAACCCCGCGCACGCCGCUGCGCGCCCGCCCCACGCACUCACCGCAGGCGCCGGCGCUCUGCUGACGUCACGGGGCACAGCCAAUGAGGAGGCGAGGAGCGCGGCCUGCCCGUGUUUGAAUUCCGCGGCCGGUGGAUGGCGGUUGAAAGGAUUCAGCUGCUGGAUCUCAAAGAGUGCUGGGAGUGGAGCUGGGGAGCAGAAGGGAUGACUCCUGCCAAGGAAGAUGAUGUCUGCAGCCAUGUCAAAGUGGUGGUCCGUGUCCGCCCAGAGAGCCAGAAGGAAAAGCAGGGCAGCUUCAGCAGGGUGGUGCGUGUCAUCGACCAGCACGUGCUGGUCUUUGAUCCAAAGGAGGAGGAAGUCAGCUUCUUCAACAGGAGGAGAGUGACCCAUAGGGAUAUUAACAAAAGACAAAGGAAAGAUCUUAAGUUCAUGUUUGAUGCCAUUUUUGAUGACAGCUCAUCCCAGUUGGAAGUUUUUGAGCAUACUACCAAAAAUCUAAUUGAUGGCUUCCUAAAUGGAUAUAACUGUACAGUGCUUGCAUAUGGUGCGACAGGAGCUGGAAAGACUCAUACAAUGUUAGGUUCUCCUGAAGACCCUGGAGUCAUGUAUUUAACUAUGGUGACACUUUAUAAACGCAUGGAUCAAAUCAAAGAUGAUAAAACAUGUGAUGUUGCUGUCUCUUAUUUAGAGGUUUACAAUGAACAGAUUCGUGAUCUGCUGGUCAACUCUGGACCUCUGGCUGUUCGUGAGGAUGGCCAGCAAGGGGUGGUGGUUCAAGGACUGACAUUGCAUCAGCCUAAAUCAGCAGAAGAAAUCCUUCAGAUGUUGGAUUAUGGAAACAGAAAUAGGACCCAGCAUCCCACAGAUGUGAAUGCCUCCUCUUCCCGGUCCCAUGCUGUCUUUCAGAUUUACCUACGGCAGCAAGAUAAAACAGCUAGUAUUAAUCAAAAUAUUCGUAUUGCCAAAAUGUCUCUGAUUGACCUGGCAGGGUCUGAACGUGCCAAAGCAACCAGUGCCAAGGGGGCUCGCUUUGUGGAAGGAACAAAUAUUAACAGGUCCCUGCUUGCUCUUGGAAAUGUCAUUAAUGCAUUGGCAGAUCCUAAGAGCAAGAAGCACAUUCCUUAUCGAAACAGCAAGCUUACUCGUUUAUUGAAGGACUCUCUUGGAGGAAAUUGCAGAACAAUAAUGAUAGCUGCCAUUAGCCCAUCUUCUUUGUUUUAUGAUGAUACCUAUAAUACUCUGAAGUAUGCAAACCGAGCAAAGGAUAUCAAGUCUUCUUUGAAGAGCAAUGUUGUUAGUUUGGACAGUCACAUAAGCCAGUAUGCUAAAAUUUGCAAUGAGCAAAAGAAAGAGAUCCUAAUGUUGAAGGAGAAACUGAGAGAAUAUGAAGAAAAGCAAGCAAGCAUUCCUGAAAAUCAUAAUACUGCAGAACUUUCAAACAACCAGCAAGUAGAAAUAGAAAGGUACAAAGAAAUACUUAAAAAUGUUUUUACAAAUCGUGAGGAAAUCAGAAAAGAGUACCUCAAGGUGGAAAAGAAACUGAGAGAAAAUAUACUAAAGAAAUAUUACCAGAAUCAAUGUCAUGAACAAAUUCAAUUGAUAUGCUCUGAAGAAAGAGUAGAAAAGGCCACUUGCAAGCGGGAUCUAAGGCUUUCAGCACUUAACAGCCACCAUGUACGCAUGCAGAAAAAAAAAGAAGAGCAGAGCAAUCUCUUUGAGGAAAACACCAAGUGGCUGCACCGUGUUGAAAAUGAAAUGCGCCUCCUGGGUCAAGAUGGAUGCAUCCCAAAAGAACUUUGUCAAGAUCUGCAGUAUUGCCAUUUAAACCUAGAAGUUCAGGCCCUUAAAGCCCAGAUUGAACACAUGUUGGCUCUGGUGUCCCUUCAAGAUCAGUAUAAUAAGCAAACAGAAAAAGUACUAAAUACUGCGCUUCCAGUGCUUCGCAAGCAAUACUUGAUGUUGAAAGAAGCUGGGUUGACAAAUGACUUAAGUGAGACUGACUAUGCAGAGGUUGAGCAGCUGAUUCAAAGGCAAAAAUCAGUAGCUUGGGCUGACCAGUCUGAAGAAAAGAAUCAAAAUCAAAACCAUGAAGUAGAAAUGUCAGCUAUCUUUUCAUUCCCACAGCUUGUGAGCAGACCAAACACCCCAUGCAGCACCUCUUUUGGUACACCAUCACAAGAAACGAAUAACAAUACCCAACAGGUGUUAGAAUACACAGAACCACCACAGAAGAGAACGAGGAGGAAGCUGAUGGACUCUCCAGUGGUAGCUCCAAGUCCACCUGCCUCCAGCCACUGCAGCUUGCAGCACCUGGAGGAUUCUCUGGCCAAGGAGGUGUACCCUCUAGUCGACACUCCGGACUCCUGCAGAAAGCCAGUGCAGAGCUUCUGUGCUCAGGCUGUGGUGAAGGAGGCUUUGCACCUGGCAGGCCUGGGGGCAGUCAGUGCAGAUGUGCCAGCGAGGAAGGGCAGCAUCAUGGACACCACAUGUGACGUGAUCCCAGAGAGCCACGAAGCUGUCAUGAACUCUACUAUCAUUCUCUAUGAAGGUACAGAUGAAACAGCUGAAAUGUCUGCUUACUCAUCUGUGAAGGAGUCACAGCCAUGCAGCAAUAGCAUUGUGCAAAGACUUGAUCUUUCUUCCUUAAGAAGCAAAAAUUCUGCUCCAGUGUUUGAGAAGCCCUCAUAUAUGGCAAUGACUUCAGCUGCUCAAAGAAAAAGAAAGAUAUUAAGCUCCACCUCGAACACCGUGCUGGGCAGCCUGCAGGCCCCGGCUGCUGCAAAGCGCUCUCGGCAGGACAUCCUGUUGAGCCAUGCAGCCUUGAGAGUACCCCAGGUGGCUGGAGUUAAAAUGAAGAGCAGGAAGCAAGAACAGAAUAUGCCAAGGAACUUCAUUAGAAGCCUUUCUCAAGGAAAUGUCCCACUGGAUGUUAAAUCAAGGACAUCAAAAAAUCUUUUACUUCGUGUUUCCAAGAAAAAAAAUAGGAUUUAGUUCUGAGUUCAUCCCUAUUUCAAGCAGGAUUGAUGGAUAGCAAAUGUGAAUAGGGUGAAUUGUGAUCUCCUCCUGUAAAUAGUUUUGAGAGUUUCAAGAUGGAAGUCUUACAAAAGUUAUUUUGACGCCCUAAAUUAUUUUCAUUGGAGUAGCUUCCCUGUGUUAAAGGAGAUUUUCAUUCAGAAGCAAGUUAGGCAGAUGCUCAUAUUAGAACAUGUUCAUGCUUAGCAUUACAAUGCCUUAGAUGUUCUUAGAUUGUUAGCAUCUGUGGAUGACAUACGGAGUUCCAAGAGACAGAAAAAUAUUUCCAAAAGUGGCAUUUUUUCCUUUUUUUUUUUUGUCUUUCUGGUUUUUAGUCUGUUACUUGGUUGUAAAUGUUCCUGUUCUGUUUAUUCCAUUUAAUUCAUCUGUAAAUAUGUCUUUUAUUAAUUAUUUCAAAUAAAUUUUCAUAUUAUU